UCCAACACGUACAUUAUACGUACCUAGCUAGCUCGCCUCUUCUCUUCUCCACUCACUGACAGAUCUAAAAUGUCUACUGUUCCGCAAGACCCCGAGAACGAAACGGAGAACCAGCGACUCAUCACCGAAGAAGCUUCGAUCCGCGUCUGUCGACGUCGCUGGACUCGCCACCUCGGAGCCGUGGGUCGCUGGACUCGAUCAAACCUUCUCCUGGUCGCCACCUUCCUCUCAGUGGUUGUGGGGAUUAUUCUGGGUCUCUCCAUCCACCAGGCGGACCCAGGGCGAGCCUGGAUAGCCGUCCUCUCUCUCCCGGGAGAGCUGUUUCUCCGCAUGCUCAAGAUGCUCAUUCUCCCGCUCAUCAUCUUCAGUCUAAUGGCCGGGCUGGGCUCGCUAGACACGAAGGUAGCUGGGAGUCUGGGCUGGCGUACGGUGGCCUAUUACCUCACUACGACUGUGGUAGCGGCAGUGCUUGGACUGGUCUUGGUGAUGAUCAUAAGACCUGGCGAGAGAUGGAGGGUCGAGAAACCGUGCGACAACUCUAGCCUCUCCGUUGGAGGAAACAAUCUCGAGACUCUUGACUCAGUUCUCGACCUUCUGAGGAACCUGUUCCCUGACAACCUGAUAGUGGCCAUGUUUAAACAGACGCAGACUGUCUACACCGAGGAGACGGUCACCUCCUGGAGCAAAUGCCUCUCACUGAACAACGAGACCUUCACCAACUGUUCAGCUGCAGUGGAGACUGUCGAAUCUCUGGAUCUCGACUGCAGUAAUGCCACCAGGACGGAGCGUCGAGUGGAGCUGGGGACUAGGGAAGGAACAAACGUGCUCGGGAUCAUUGUGUUCACGGUGGCGUUCUCCAUGUUCCUCUCGCGGCAGGGAGAGAGGGGCAGACCCGUCGUGGAGGCAAUUGCAACACUCAACGAGGUCAUCAUGUCAAUUGUCAGACUCGUCAUGUGGUUUUCGCCCGUUGGAAUUGCCUCCAUAAUCAUGGGUGAAUUACUGAAAGUGGAAGAUUUCGUGGGUCUGGUUCAGCAGAUUGGACUCUAUAUGGUCACCGUUCUGCUGGGGCUGUUCAUACACGGCUGUAUCACCUUGCCCCUGUUGUUUCUGGUACUGACGAGGUCGAACCCAAUCAAGUUGGUGAGGCACACUGCACAGGCUCUCCUGACUGCUUUCGGGACAUCUUCGAGUUCUGCAGCUCUACCAGUCACGAUCCAGUGUCUGGAAGAGAAAGCCGGAGUUGACUCGAGAGUCACAAGAUUCAUGCUCCCGGUUGGAGCUACCAUCAACAUGGACGGCACAGCUCUCUACGAGGCUGUAGCUGUUGUGUUUAUAGCUCAAGUCGAGGGAAUAAACAUGAAUUUUGCCACACUUCUCAUUAUCUGUAUCACAGCCAUAGCCGCCAGUAUAGGAGCAGCAACAGUGCCCAGUGCAGGACUGGUGACAAUGGUCAUCGUACUAGUGGCUGUGGACCUGCCACCCGAAAACAUAGCACUGCUGCUUCCCGUAGACUGGCUCCUAGAUCGGUUCAGAACGACAGUGAACGUGGCCGGGGAUUGUUUCGGGGCAGGGAUCGUCAAUCACUAUUCAAAGAAGAAACUGGCGUCUGCGGCUCCGAAUCACCCUCCUCCUUCCCCUCCCACUCCACGAGCAGACACAAAACUGUCGGGAUACACAGGGGCGUCUGGGCCAGCGUUUUCCCAAGUCAGAGGAACAGCGGUUGGGCAAGAAGAUGACUGCACGGCCCGCGGCAAUAACUUCACAGAGCCUACUGACUCAUUACACACGUCCUUCCCUGAACAAGCUAGAGACACACACCUUUAG